AUGUCUGUUGUAACAGACCAGCCCGGCGAGAAGACGGCCGUACCCCUUCCUGGGCCGCAGCUGUGUCCCGCCGUGGAGGCUCGCGAUGCCGACGACCUGGACAAGGCGAUGACCUACGCCAUUGACGAGAUUGAGGAGCACUUUGACAUUCAAUCCGACAACUCGCCAUACCCCGAAGUCCGCGCCAAUGUGCCAAACACGGACGACCCAACUAUGCCCGUCAACACGCUCCGCAUGUGGGUACUCGGCGUCCUAUUCACUAUGAUCGGCUCCGGUAUCAAUCAGUUCUUCUCCAUGCGUUACCCCGGCGUCACCAUCUCAUCUCUGGUGGCACAACUCAUCGCCUAUCCCGUCGGCUGCGCCGUAGCCCGUAUCCUGCCAGUGAAGAAGGUUCGCGUCUUUGAUCGCUGGGACCUGGUGAUCAACCCGGACCACUACUUCAACAUCAAAGAGCACGCAGUCAUUACCAUCAUGUCCAACCUGUCUUUUGGACCGUCGUGGGCCACCGACAUCAUCCAGGCGCAGAAGGCCUCGGCGUUCUACGGACUUGACACACCGGUAGCGUACCAAUUUCUGCUUGGCCUCUCGAUGCAGCUGUUCGGGCUUGGAAUGGCUGGCCUGGCGUACCGCUUCAUCGUAGAACCUCCUCACAUGAUCUGGCCUUCGACUCUGGCCAACGCGGCGCUGUUCCAGACACUUCAUGACCGGGCGAACCCUGUAGCAGAUGGUUGGAGGAUCACGAGAUACCGGUUCUUUCUCCAUGUCUUUGUCGGUGGUUUCUUCUGGUAUUGGCUACCUGGGUACCUCUUCACUGGUCUGAGUACCUUCGCCUUUGUUUGCUGGGCCGCUCCAAACAACGGCGUGGUCAACAAUCUAUUCGGCAUGUCGACAGGCUUGGCUUAUCUACCCAUCACCUUUGACUGGUCUCAGAUCGCCUAUAACGGAUCUCCUUUGGUUGUCCCUUUCUGGGCGCAAGCUAACGUCUUUGCUGGAUGGGUCAUCCUCUUCGCCCUCGUAACACCGAUACUGUACUACACUAACACGUGGUACACCGCAUUCCUCCCAUUCUCCGGCGCGGACACAUACGACAACACUGGAAAAAUCUACAACGUAACCCGCGUGGUGGGUAAAGAUGGCAACUUCGUCGUGGAGGAGUACGAGAAAUACAGUCCACUCUUCAUGCCUGUGACCUUUGCACUCAGCUACGGCAUAUCGUUUGCGACCAUGACCUGUGUGCCGACCUACAUUUUUAUCAACUACUACAAGGACAUCGUCGGAGCGUUCAACCCGAGUAGGAAGAAGGACAUCCACACCCGCUUAAUCGAGAGAUACCCAGGCACACCAGCGUGGUGGUACGGCAUCAUGACUGCCAUUGUAUUGGCUUUGACAAUCAUCGUGCAAGUGGCCUACAAAACCCAAAUGCCAGUUUGGGGCGUUUUCGUGGCUUUUGGGUUGGCUUUGAUUUACCUGAUCCCGACCGGCAGUGUUUACGCCGUCGCCAACCUCAAUAGCAACGUCCUCACCGUCCUGGGCGAAAUCAUCUCGGGAUACGCUAUACCGGGAAAACCCAUCGUCAUGCUUAUCUUCAAGUUCUACGCCUACACGGGCCUCAGCCAAGCCAUGAUCUUCUCCUCGGACAUGAAGCUCGGUUUGUACAUGAAGAUUCCCCGGCGAACGCUAUUUGUGGCUCAGCUGGCUGCCUGCAUCACGGGCUCCCUAACGCAGAAUGCCGUUCUGCUGUGGAUGCUGACCCAUGUCAAGGAUAUCUGCCACGAAAGCCAGCCCAACGGCUACACCUGUCCGCAAGGACGAGUCAACUUCUCUUCAAGCAUCGUUUGGGGUGCUAUCGGCCCAGCACGACUAUACAGCGUCGGGAAGAUCUAUUCUGGUCUGCUGCAUCUGUUCUGGAUUGGGGCAUUGCUACCCGUCGUGACAUUCUUUCUCCAGAGAAGAUUCCCAGACAAUACAUUCUUGAGGUACCUUCACUGGCCUCUCUUCUUCGCUGGAACGGGGAAUGUACCCCCCGCUACUGGGAUUAAUUACACCUCAGCCUUUAUGGUCUCCUUCAUUUUCAACAAGUGGCUCAAGGGUAAAUUUCCACAAUGGUGGGCAAAGUACAACUACGUCCUAUCUGCGGCUCUCGAUUCUGGCCUAGCCAUCUCCGCCAUCGUCAUCUUCUUUGCACUCGUUUUCCCCGGUUUCCAGCUAAGCUGGUGGGGUAAUAAUGUUCAGCGUUCAACCAUCGACGGCAAAGGCAUACCCUUAAAGGCAGUACCACUCAAUGGCACUUUUGGCCCGGCAUCCUGGUCUUAG